UGCAGACUGAUCAUAUGACAGCUGCCUGCGUCCCACUUCCCUUCCUCGCUGGAAAAACGCCACAUCUGACAGGGAGGAAGAAUCAGACACAACCAUAGGGGAGUGUGAACACCGACCUCAAGAUGCUGACACUAGUGAACCGGCUGCUGGACUGGUUCAAGUCUCUGUUUUGGAAGGAGGAGAUGGAGCUGACGCUGGUCGGCCUCCAGUACUCGGGAAAAACAACAUUUGUAAACGUGAUCGCUUCUGGGCAUUUCAGUGAAGACAUGAUCCCUACAGUCGGGUUCAAUAUGAGGAAGGUCACCAAAGGAAACGUCACCAUCAAGAUCUGGGAUAUCGGAGGGCAGCCAAGGUUCAGGAGCAUGUGGGAGCGGUACUGUCGGGGAGUUAAUUCAAUCGUGUACAUGGUUGACGCAGCAGAUCAAGAAAAGGUGGAGGCAUCGAGAAAUGAGCUUCAUAAUUUAUUAGACAAACCUCAGUUGCAAGGAAUUCCUGUUUUGGUACUCGGUAACAAAAGGGAUCUCCCCAAUGCUCUAGAUGAAAAGCAGCUCAUUGAGAAAAUGAAUCUGGCAGCUAUUCAGGACAGAGAGAUUUGCUGCUACUCGAUUUCCUGCAAAGAGAAAGACAACAUUGACAUCACACUUCAGUGGCUCAUCCAGCACUCAAAAUCCAGAAGGAGCUGAAAAUGCAGGAGUUGUUUUCAUCUGCGUUUUUGUUACUGUCAUGCCACCACCCUCCCCCCACCCAUAACUUGUUAUCUUUAACCCACAUGCUGCUCUGUUCUGCUCGUGACACACAUCUUUUUUUCCCCCUUUUCACCUUGUGGAUCUUUCACAAACCCUGAGAAUGCACUGUUAAAAAAUGUGAUUCUGAUACCAAAUUUAAAGCAAUGUUAUUGGCAUUAUGCGUCCUGUAAAGCUGUACUUUCGGAAGUCGGAACCCUAAUUUUGAAUAUAUCGUUUAACAUUCAGGCAUUACUCGGUGGAUCAUACCCAGUGGUUUAUAACACUAAUCUUGGGUAUACAACAACACCCUCUUGAAGAAGGAUUGACUCUGUCAAACAGAACUCACAUGAACGAGAAAUGUUCUUCACAGUCACAUAUUAUGUCAGCGGAUUGCUGAUGUGCAGCUGUUCCAUUUCUUUCUAGAUCUACUCUGUGAUUGUCUUUGAUGAAUGUCACGCUUCGCUUUAUCAGAUCUUCUUUCAAGGACAUGUCUAUUGUUUUAGAAAACUGCAUUUAAGCAAGUCAAUUGAUGCAGGUCUGUACAAAUAGCAAGUUAGUAUGAUUUUUACUGAUGUGGGAUGUGCGUGUAUGAAUAUAUGAUUUUAUUUAAAGUCUGAAUGUACUAAAAGUAAAGCUGUUCGGGGUUGUGUGGUUCAUAUUGGCCUCUGUUUGUGAGUAGCCUCAGUGGAAUAAUGUUGUUUAUGCUGCCUUGAAGCUGAGAGAGCGGCAGAAUUCAAAGUGCCUUGUGCAAUGUCUCUCACCUCUGAAGCAAAGCAGCAUGCAAGGUGUGCUACCUGGGGAAAGUAAAAAAAAACAAAACAAAAAAAAAACACCACUUCAAUAUAUUCAAGAAAUAAAAAGGCUUGCUUUUUAAUUUA